CCCUCCCCCUCCCGGCCGGGGCUGUUGCAACGUUCCAUCCGCCGCCCGAGCGUUCCAAGGCAGGCCGCGCGCGCCCCGAGCGUCCCCUCGGCCGGGCGCUGCCCCCCUCACGUGUGCCGGGCUCCCAGCUGGGGAAGGCGGGGAGGGAGCGCGGAUCUGUGGCUCGCCCGUUCGCUCGCGCUCUCCUCCUCACAUGACCCGAGUGUUUGUCCCCGUGAUCAGCGCCUGGGCUCCCGUGUCUCCGCCGCGUCCCCUCUGCCUCCAUCCGGCGUGAGAUUGCCGCGCUCUCGCCCCUCUCCCCCCGCCCCUCCCUCCCUUCCUCCCCCCCGGGUGGCGGCGGCGGCCCCGCGGGCGCUCUCCCCCCCUCUCCCUUCCCCCCCUUCCCUUCCCUCCCUCUCCCCCCCUCCCCUCUCCCCCCAUGGACAUGCUCGAUCCCGGCCUGGACACAGCCACCGCCUCUGCUGCCGCCAGCCACGAGAAAGGUCAAGAAGGAGAAGAGGGAGUCGAACUUCAGGAAGGAGACGGCACGAACGCAGAUGAGCAGACCGCAGUGGCUAUUGCCAGCGUCCAGCAAGCGGCCUUCACAGACCAUAAUAUCCAAUACCAGUUCCGCACAGAGAACAAUGGAGGACAGGUGACAUACAGAGUAGUCCAGGUGACAGACAGUCAGCUGGACGGACAGACAGACGCAACGGGAGCUGUCAGUGUGGUCUCGACGGCAGCGUUUGCCAGCAGCCAGCAGGCUGUUGCCCAGGCCGUGAUCCAGAACCCUUUCAGCAAUGGCGGAAGCCCAGCAACAGACGCCGUCAGCGGAGAGGCUCGCUUUGCGUAUUUCCCAGCCUCCACAGUGGGGGAUGCCACAGCAGUGUCGGUGCAGACGACGGAUCAGUCGCUGGCCCAAGCCGGAGGCCAGUUCUACGUAAUGAUGACCCCACAAGACGUAUUGCAGACGGGAACACAGCGUACCAUCGCCCCCCGUACUCACCCUUAUUCUCCGAAAAUGGACGGGACGCGGACGCCGCGAGACGAGAGGAGAAGAGCCCAGCACAAUGAAGUGGAACGGAGGAGGCGGGACAAGAUCAACAAUUGGAUCGUCCAGCUGUCGAAAAUCAUUCCAGACUGCAAUACAGACAACAGCAAGACUGGGGCGAGUAAAGGAGGCAUCCUCUCCAAAGCCUGCGACUACAUCCGGGAGCUGCGCCAGACGAACCAGCGCAUGCAAGAGACCUUCAAAGAAGCCGAAAGGCUGCAGAUGGAUAACGACUUGUUACGGCAGCAGAUUGAAGAACUGAAGAACGAAAAUGCACUUCUGAGAGCCCAGCUGCAACAGCAUGGGAUCGAGAUCGUGGGAGAUGCCCCGGGGCAGUAGCCCUCCCUGCCCGCCCACAUACUGCCUCUCCAAGCAAGAUCUCAACCUCCACUUCGACUGUCCUUUUGUAUAGUGCAAAGAGAGAGACCCUUUUCCGCCUCCUCUGUGUGAACCUUGCCUCGGCCCUCUCGCUGUGGGGAUGUUAGAGGGGAGGGGGGAAUUGGGGGAGAGGGGAAGAAAAAGUCUGACCAUGUGACUUCUUCGCCAGGCCAGCCAGCCCUUCCUCUUAUUCUGAAAGGGUCCUCCAAAUAUCUUUGUCCUUUUCCCCUUCUUAAUCUCUCCCCACUCUCUUCCCUUCACUUAGGAUAUGUUAAGAUUAAACAGGAAAAAAAGCUGCAUUUUUUAAUAGUAGAUUUUUAACACAGGUUAGCCAACUUCCUUUCCUACUCUGCCGGAUCUCUGGGGCAAUGACGUGCCGUGGUUAAAUUCGGCCAUUCAAGCUCUCCAGUUGCAUCUUCUCUUCCUCCCUGGACUUUUUGGAUUCUCUCCACCAGGCGGGAAAUUGGGCGGAACGUCUUGCCUGUUGCCAGAUAAGGCAUGAAUUUCGCCCUCUCAGGUUCGGCUGCCGAACCAAGCAGACAGGGGCUUUGGCAGCUGUUUGGCCCGCGCCUGUGGACGAAUUUGCAAGAAAAUGGCUUAGACACAAUCUGUGGCUCACUCCCCUUGUUCGAGGCGCACAUGAGUAAAAUGAGCACUGCUUGUACGAAGAACACGGGGGCGCUUUUCUGUCCGUCCUGUGUGCUAACACGCAAGCAGCCUUCGGUGUGACCUCUUUGCAAAAUCCAGCUACUGUUAAUUGCAGACAGAUUGCUCAAGUUAUCAAGACCAGUUAGUUGGAACCAAGACCUUAUUCAUGCCAGCAGGAGAACAAAGCAGUAGAAUGCUGAGAUGGCCGACUGGACAGCAGUGCAGCAAGACAGCGCAGCAGGUGGCGGAUUCCAGUCUUCUCAUAAAAACUCUGCAAGUAGAAAGCUAACAGCACAGUGUGAAAACUUCCUCCUCUUUGCUUGUUGUGCUGGCUUUCAAAUUGCAGAGACUUGUUGACACAGGGUAAGACUGCAACAGGUGAUUGUCCACUUGAUGAUGUCGCCCAUUCCUUUUGUAUCAUGCCCACCUCAUUCUUUUGCAUAUGAAAACUAGGGCAUGUAUGAACUAGGCCGAAAGCCAAAGAAUACUGCAGUACACUAGGCUUGCCAGACUUGGGACUGCCUAUGAAGGAUCCCUUUUUUGGAAAACUGCUCCCUGCAAGGAGAAAAGAAGCACAGUAAACAAAGAGGGUCCCUGCUGUGCUUGUUUUCUGCUUGCGGGGAAUGUUUUAAGCAAAUGCCAGAUUCAGAGCUGGAAUUCUCCCCUGCUGUCUAAAGUGGCACCCUCCAUUCUGCUGCCUCAUUUCCACCUUAUUCUCCUGCCUGUGUGAAUGUCUCGUUCUGUCGCUUUUCAGCAAGAUUCCAUUCACAAAUAGAUUUCGCUGGAUUGAGUUUCUUCCAUGUUAAACGUCCUUUUGUUUGUUGACUUUUGCAAAAGUAGGGGCCAGAGAUGCUUUAUUGAAAUGAAAAAUGGCUGGGAGGGAGGUUAACCCUUCCCUCUCCUUUUAUUUUUCACUAGAAUAAACUGCUGAGCUACUUUCUCCCCUGCUAGUGGGGGGAAAAAAAACAGGUACCUAUACAUUUGCUCUUGCUCCAUCUGGGGGGAAAGUUUUUCUCCCCAGUGGGGGUAAAUACAGCUCAAGGGCACCUUUUCUAGGGAGAAAGAAGGGAGAGAAAGGGUUAAAAUGUCACCCUUUCCCCUCCUGCUUAAUAAAGCAACCCUGGACUCUGCAUUUGCAAAAGAAAAACUGAACAGUCUAAGUGAGUCCUUAAUUGUGUCUUUUUCCUGAAUGCAAACCACUCUGUUAUAUCAUACCUUUGUAAUUUUGUUUAGCACAGUGGAAAGCAACCCAAAGUCUGUUUCUGUCUCCUCUCUCUGUUUUGUUUAGUUUCGGGGCACGUUUUGUAUAGAGGUACGUUUGUUUGUAUGAUAGCUGAAACCCAGGCAAAUUAGAGAAUUUUUUAGUGGUGGACUGAAUUGACAACCGGGUUGCUUUUUUUCGUUGUUGUGUUUUUGAUAUUAUAUAAUUUUUUUAAUUAAACUUCAGCAGUGUUUUAGGACUUCAGGUUUAAAAAAAAAAUCCAGAGACAAAUUUUUAAAAGAAGUAAUUGCCUAUAUUUGAGGGUGAGGUGGUUCCCCUUCCCCUUCCAAGCAGUUUUUUUUUAAAGGAAAAAAAAGGAAUGAAUGGCUCCUAGACAAAUAUUGUAAAAUAGCGAGUUUCUUAGGUUUGUUUUUUUAUAUAUAUAUGCAUAAAUCUAUAUAUCAGACCCCCCCCCAGAAAAAAAAUCCAGUCCUGCAGCUGGAAUUGUGAAAAUAUUUGUAUCGUUCAGUCCCGCUCCAACCCCAGUGAAUAGUGGGGAGGAAGGAAGAGACUUCAGAUCAAGGGAAAGCAAAGCAAAAUGGUUUUGUCAAAAAUGCGGAUUGAGUUGGCUUGAAGAGUUUUGAUUGUUGGAAGUAGGAAAUAAUUCUGUUUAUAUAUAAAAGAGAAAAAAAACCUGCACAGAAAUAA